AUGCCGCUCGAUGACUACGCCGCCGUAGGUGGAGGCGGUGCUCUCCGUCUUAAGGGCGCAAAAGUAACGAAGCCGAAAAAAAAGAAGAAGAAGGACAAGGCCGACUUAGAAAAGGCCCUCUCUGAAGCCGGUGGCGAAUCGCUCGCCCUCGUAAAGAAGGACAGCGGGGAUGAGGUGAUAGAGAAGAAAAGCAAGAAGUCGCGCAAGGAGAAGAAUGAUGAAGAAGAUGACGAGGAGGCCGUGCCUGUUGCGCGCAAGACGGAAGCGCAGCGGAAACUUGAUGAAGUUAGGAGGAAACGGUUCCUCGAAUUGGCUGAGAAUCCAGACGCGAGACCAGAGCUACUGAAGACUCACAAGGAAAGGGUUGAAGAGCUUAAUAGUUUCUUGUCGAAACUCUCUGAACACAACGAUAUGCCCAAGAUUGGGCCUGGUUAA